UCAAGUCCACAAGCAUCUGCUUCACCAGUUCAUAGUCACACCGAAUCUUCACCAGUCGCGAGUUCAAGUAAAGUCACACCUCCAGCAACUGUUGCUGAUGGCGUUAGACCGCAUCAGCCUGUGAAGAUCUCCUUUUCAAUUAAUCGACGAACUUCCCUCACGGAAUCGCGUCCUCGACCACCUCAACCUACUGAAGAACCUCCCCCCCCACCACCACCAUCAGGACCACCACCUUCAGAAGUUCCACCACCACCGCCUCCACCACCACACUCACCACCUCCAGCGCCUCCUCCAUCGACCUCACCGCCCCCACCGCCUACAUCAAGGCCUUCUUCACCACCGCCACCGCCACCUUCAGUAUCUGCCCCUUCCCCACCGCCUUUAAUCCUGUCACCACCACCAUCACCACCACCACAGGAUUUGCCAGAUUAUGCGCCCUCACCCCCCGCCCUCCAAAUCGCCCUCACCUCCUCCUCAACCCCCAGAACCUGUCGCAUCAUCAUCCAAACCGCCGCCACCUAAAUUUUACUCCCUUCCUCCCCCUCCUCCGUGGCCAACUUCCCGUUCGGAAUACCCUGCAGGCAAGGACUUCAAAGUCAUUUAUGACCCUGCCAUCGACAAGGACCGCGACGGGCGUUUUCGCGCCCUAAUCGAGAAGAUUCGAGCUACCCAGGUCGAUGGUUCAGUUGAGCCUCGGAUCAAGGGUAAGGGAAAGGGCAAGGAGACGCUCACGCGAUAUAAUGGAGAAGUGAUCGAGGGCGAGCCAGAACCCACGACAAGUGAUCCCCGCAAGGCAGCGGGAUUCAAGAAACGUCCCCACCGAGACGCGUUCCAUGAAAUUCGGUAUGAACAUGAUCCCAACUCAACAGGCCCACCGCCCCCCACAGCUGUGCUGAUCAUGAAUUUGUCUCCCCUAACGUCCACGCAGCAGAUACGACGCAUCUUCAGUGCACAUGGCAGGAUCUCGUCAUUUGAUCCGCAAAUUGACAUGGAGUCUGGGGUUGCACUUGGUAUCGUGUUCAUUCGGUACCAGACGCAUGAGGAGGCCAAGGCAUGUGUAGAGCGCACUCACGGGAAGAAAUUUGGCACAGGCAUGGGGAUGGCUGACGGGGAGGAACUGAAGGUGGUCUUUGACGGCGAAGGUCUCAAACUGAAGGCAGUACGGAAAGAGCUAGAGGAGCGGAAACAUCGCGGCAGAGAAGAGAAAAGAAGGAAGGAGAAGGAAGCCAAAGCUCCGACGUUACCACCUGCACCCAUACCCGCACCUAUAUCCAUACCGAAAGCCCAGACCCCCAGCUCGACACAUACACCCGCCCAGUCUGCAUGGAGGCCGAGUCAUCAGCUCCCUGCCCGCCCUGCACAUAUCCCCUACACGAACGGACGCCUAUCACCUCCCCGCAGCAGAAGAGCACAGCCUGUCAUGAAAGCUAAGAUGAUGAAUUCGGCACUGAGCACUCGUUUCCCAGCAGUGAAUGACCUUGCGCCCAUGUCAUCCUCACAAUCUCCUUCAUCAACACCCGUCCAUACUCGCGGUCGUCCUUCAUAUCAUGGCUCUAGUCACGCUCCAGCACCUCCGUCCCGCUCACCUUCGCCUAUCUCCCGCCGCCCAGGACAAGGGCGUAACCAACAGCAGAGAGAGGCUACCAGUGCCACUGUCAUUGAUGCCCUCGCCAAGAACGGCUUCGAACAUGUCCGGAUAGACCUCACUGGUGGUGCCAUGAUAUCUAUCCGUGAGGAAGAUGUACGUGCAUUCUUCAAGGACUUCAAGGUUGACUGCGUUUUGCGAGAUCACAACGCUUGGUAUGUUGCAUUUCAAACGAGCGACUCAGCACGACGUGCAGCCAUGGUUCUCGGCUCGCGAACGCUUGGGCACCACUCCGUAACGCUGUCAGCUUGUCCUCCUCCUUCUCAUGUUGCGCCUGUAGCUGCCGAAAAGAUCAGCUGGACGAAAGAGGAGAUUGUUCAACAAGCAGCAGACACCAUCGUCAAGGAGCUCAAGGGUCUUUUGGAGAAAGACAUUACGGAGCGGGUGGCUGCUGCAGAUCUACGGAAGUUGAUUGCGGACGAGAAGGCGAAGGUUGCAGAGACGAAAGCCAGGGAGGGUCCAGAGACAAUCAAUGAGCAACGGCCGGCUGAGAAGCGAGGUCUGAAAGGACUUUCUUUUCGGAAACCGAAGAGAAUCAGGGAGGAGGAGGCGAAGGCAGCCGUGGUCGAAGAAGAAGUCCCUCUUGUCGAGCCAGAAGAGCCUGCACCCGUGGAGCCACCAAAGAAAAAGCGGAAGAAAGAGGUUGUCACGAAGGUUACCAGGGUUGCUGAAUCAGAUUUGGAGUCCGAGGAUGAGGAGAACCUUGCGCCUGAACCACGGAAGCGGGCUGUUUCCGAGGUCCUUGAUGAGGAACAGGAACCUGUCAAGAAGAAGCCGAAGAAGGAUGCUGUACUUGAGGAUGAAGAACAACAUAAGAACGCCUUGUCCAAGAAGAAGGUCAUCAAGAAAAAGUCAGCAGCCAAGGUGGUUGUCGAUGAGGUCAUCCGACCUGACGAGUUGGAUUUCAAUGUUCCUGCCACAGCUAACAUCCACAUCUCAAAGGUGGAGUCGGUUUCGCGGUCGCCUUCUCCCGUACCAGAACCACCACGGCCUCCAAGUCUUCCUCCCGAUCCACUCGAGCAGGGCAUAUGCAACGAUGAUGAGGACCUCUAUUUCGCUCGGCUGGCUAUGUCGAAUGAUGCUUCAAGCGUGUCACCCGUCCCCCUGCCUACGACCGAUUCCUUACCAGCAUUUCGGAAGCAUCUCACAGGUUCAGCACGUACCGAGGGCUACUACAAGAUCUCUCAUGCUGAGAAAUCGGCCUAUGUUGCUCAAUACGCCCUGCGGUCCACGAACGUUGAGUCUGUCGCUCCAACCGAGGCACCAGCACAGCCCGUCACUUCUUCCCGCUCGAAUCGUGCCACUGCUCGCCGACGCGCUCAAGGUCUGGAAGAGAUUAACCAGGUGCAACGUGCUGUGGCUCUUUCAAAGGGAGAGACGGCCGCUGCAGAGUUAAGUAUCAAAUUCAACCAGCUGCAAACGCGAAAAAAGCAUCUCCGGUUUGCGAGGUCUCCGAUUCACGACUGGGGUUUGUACGCCAUGGAAAGGAUCGCUCGAGGGGAGAUGGUUAUCGAGUAUGUUGGCGAGAUCAUCCGCGCUCAAGUCGCCGACAAGCGUGAAAAGGUGUAUGAGCGGCAGGGUAUCGGAAGCAGUUACCUGUUUCGUAUUGAUGAAGACCUUGUGGUGGACGCCACGAAGAAGGGCAAUCUUGGUCGCCUCAUCAAUCAUUCAUGCGAUCCGAACUGCACUGCCAAAAUCAUCACUAUCAACGGCGAGAAGAAGAUCGUCAUCUAUGCCAAGCAGGAUAUUGAACUGGGCGAUGAAAUCACAUAUGAUUACCAUUUCCCCAUUGAGCAAGAUAAGAUCCCAUGCCUAUGUGGCUCUGCGAAGUGUCGCGGUUAUCUCAACUAGAAAAUGUUUGACGUUAUCCACUUCGCUCUACAUUGCAUAUUCAUACCCCUUCAAUGCUAUCGACAACGCUAAUUCACACUGCGCUAUGUAUCACUCACCCUGUUGCACGUUCCCCUUGCAUGGCAUUGUUUAUUAAUGAUCACAUGUUCCUCCUGCUUCACGCAUCUGCUUCAGAAACUGACUGGUACUUGGCAAGCCCAC